UCGCGUUCAAUUUAUACAGAUUCUCAUAUAAGCUCACCUCGCCUAAUUUAUUUAGUUUAUUGCACGUUCAAUUUACUAACUCUCCGUUUAAAUAUAAUGAGAUUCCUUUCACAACUGAGUCAAGCAUCAGAUUUUACAGCCUCAUGUCUGACUGCCUCACUUCACUUGCAAAAUGAACGGAUGAACGGCGAGUCAACUCAUAUGAGACAAUAGGAAACAAAGUGGGGUUGUUGGAGUACAAGCUGACAACAUUGUUAUAACCACGAAAAGUGGCGGCUUUGACUAUCUCGUAGUAUGGCAGUUUAGAGCUGUCAUUUUUUAAAUUCCCACAGUAAUCCGAACUUCAUUUUUAUGUUGAUGGCAUCAAUGUUUUAGGUUUUUGGUGAUCACAAGUUUUACGUAUUAUUAUAAUAAUUAAAACCGUAUUUGAACUACAUUGUUUUGUUGAGUUGAUGAUCUUUGGAAUCUGGAAUACAACUAACAUUUUGGUGAAAUUGUCUACGAGACCAACUCAUCAUUUAUUUCUUCUUAGAGAUAGAGAGAUUCUAUAUUGGAAGGAUGUAUUUGAUAGAACAUUACGACUAUUGACGAUUUCUACAUAUGUGGAGUGCUAUAAAACAUUCAGAAGCAGAAUUGAAGGCACUUCAUUUCACAGCUAACCCCUGGUGCUUCAGAAGACCACUCAGGAAUGAAAUUAUAUGGAUGAAUAUUAUUGAUAUGUUCGUACAAUAUAAAAUUCCGAUAAAAAUAUAUUCUCAAGUAGGUAUAUAUUUUUUUCACUGUUCUCAAAAUCAAAUAACUAGGAUACAUGCUGACCUGUGUUAUUGACGCUGCUGCUCCAACAGAUAACAUUUUCAAGUACCUGUGCUGCAAAAGUAAAAUGGGAUUUGUAUGCUGCAGUGUGCUUGGAGCGAAAGCCAGUUAUUACACCACAACUUAAUGAACUACAAGAAGAAUAUAAGACGCUAAUUGCUGAAAUAGAAUUUGAGAGAAGCCUUAAGUCAGACCAUGAACUGAGACAUGAAGCCGAUCUGUAAGUGCAGACAUUUUAUGAUCAGAAUCUUAGAUAAUUCAUGGUGACAUUUCAACCAGGAAGUUAGGAAAGUAAUUGAAAUAUCAUGGGAAAUAAAAGUGAUCAGAGAAGAGGCCAUUGAAGUCGGGAAACAUUGGAAAUUCCUGCAUUAUAGUUUUUUUUUGACAUAAGUUUUAGAAUUUUGUUGUGCCUGCUUGUAAUGUUGCCAAAAAACAAAGUUAG